GUUUGAUUUUGUUGUGUCAUCCAUGUUCGUCAUAAUAUUCUGAACGAAUAAUUUGAAUUAAGAAACACUUGACUGCCGACGUAAUAAAUGGAUCUGGCAGCACUUAUUCAUUUACAUCUUUUAUUUGAAUUCGUAUUGAACAUCGUAUGAAAGUGACGUUUUUGAUUGUGUUUUCGUUUUGAUACAUUGCUAUGCAACUUUUAGAAAAAUAUAAUUAUUAUUUGUAGAAUAUCUCUUACAGAAAAUGAUGCGCUGCUAAUUAACACUAGCAUGGAAUUAUCUGGAUCCCAAAUGAACACUUCCCGCUUUCACCGAUCGCAGUCUUCUCUCUUAAAUGAUGGCGAUAUAUCAUUUUCCUCAUCAAUAGAUCAAGAAUUGGGUGCUCUUAUAUUAGGUGAUGAGCUUCCCGCCUUUGAAAUUAGACUUGUUUCGCCGCUUGGACGUACACCUUCGCCAAUAGACACCAAUAAAGAAGAUUUUCGAACACCCACUGGGCACCCACAAUUAGAUUGUGAUUCUAUCCCCAAAGAACGCUUAAAUUCGGAUUUUGUAACUCUUGAAGAAAUCAACUCACUUAUAAGUCCCCCUACAGAUGAUGAAGAAAGCACAGCGUGCGUCAGCCGUUGUAAUAGUCUCGAGACAAUAUUUGAAGGAGUAUUCUUAAACACACCGCCAAAAACAGUACUAAGGAAAAUCAAGUUCCAAAAGUUGGUGCAGUUGAUGAAAUUAGAAAAUUCACAAAAUACUUCCACAAGUGAGGACAUUUCUCGAACCAAUAUAAAAUAGAUAAAAGGAUUACUAUGAUGUAAGCAGAAAUGAAGAAUAUAACGCUAAAUCUUUAAAAAUAAAAUAACGUUACUCGAAAAUAAGAACUAAUCGUGCUUUAAUACUAAAAUAAGAAGCAAAAUAUUAAUAAAUGCUUUAAAUUUUAUAUUAUAUAUUUAUGUAUAAAUUUUAAAUGUGACAUAAAGUGUUAAUAAAAUUUGCCAAGGCGUAAUAAAAGCAAACAAAA